UCAGCUUCCGUCGGCAUUCACCUACAGCGUGGAUAUAUUCUCACAAUGGGGCGCCGAGGGGGUCUCUCACUCCCCCUCCGUCUCUCUCUACCUACCUCUGGGUUUUCUCUUAAGCGAAAGGAGGAACUUGCUUGAGUUUUCUACCCAGUGGAACCUCUCCUCCAUAAUUGGUCUCCUGUGAAGUGAUUUGCGUUGCAGCUUCUCUUAUUUCUUCAAUACAUCAACAUUAAUAAAAUUGCAGUGUUAGAUUUUCUACUAAUGACUUGUUUCUCAUUCACUGUAAAAUGGAGGAAGUCAUCAAGGUUGUCAUAUGUAGGUGAUGAAGGAAUCCCAGGCAAUUCCAAAGUGAAAAUAUAUACCUACAAAGAAUUGCGACAAGCAACCAAUGAUUUCAGUCCUUCUAAUAAGGUUGGAGAGGGAGGUUUUGGUUGCGUGUACAAGGGGAGGCUAAAAAAUGGGAAAGUUGUUGCAAUUAAAGUUCUUUCCUCUGCGUCAAAACAGGGAGUGCACCAAUUUUUAAAUGAGAUUGCUAUGAUCUCCAAUAUAAUCCAUGAGAACCUUGUCAGUUUAUAUGGUUGCUGUGUGGAAGGAAAUCAGAGGAUAUUGGUUUACAACUACCUUGAGAACAACAGCAUUGCAAAAAUGCUUUUUGGUGGGAGUGACAGCAAAGUUCAUUUCAACUGGAAAACAAGAACAAAAAUUUGCAUUGGUGUUGCUCGAGGGCUCAAAUUCCUUCAUGAGGAGGCAUCUCCUCAUAUUGUGCAUCGAGAUAUCAAAGCCAGUAAUAUUCUUCUAGAUAAAGAUUUGACUCCUAAGAUUUCAGAUUUUGGUUUAGCAAAAUCUCUACCUUCAAAUAUGAGCCAUGUCAGCACCAGGGUAGCUGGAACAAUAGGUUACUUGGCACCGGAGUAUGCAAUAUUUGGGCAAUUGACGAGGAAGGCUGACAUUUAUAGCUUUGGUGUUCUUCUGCUGGAGAUAAUCAGUGGAAGACUCAACACAAAUACAAGAUUACCAUUUGAAGAUCAGUUUCUUCUUGAAAGAGUAUGGGCUCUCUACGAGAAAGGAGAGCUUGAAAGCAUCAUAGACACAUCAUUAGGAAGUGAUUUAAAUGCUGAAGAGGCCUACAGAUUUCUACUGGUUGGGCUCCUUUGUACUCAAGACUCACCCAAACUGCGACCUUCAAUGUCCUCCAUAGUAAAGAUGCUUGCUGGUGAUGUGGAUGUCAACUCCUUUCAUAUUACAAAGCCCGGCAUGAUCACCGACUUUAUGGACCUUAAAGUGAGGAAGAGUGAUCAGCAACUUUCGACGAAGAUGCUCUCGCCAAUUAUCUCUCCUCACGCUGCAUCACCGUUGUAAUUAUCGGCAGAUACCAAGCAUUCUUUCCAUUGUUUUCAUUGCAGUAGUUGAUCCAACAUAGGCAUCUCAAUUCUGUAGCAUUGAAGAACUUAAAAAAAUUUGAGUUAUGCACUCAAAGCUGAAGGCUUUUUCUUCUUGUGAAUGCUCAGAAAAGAUCAGGAAGCUUAAAGCUUCAUUUGGGACGGCUUUUUUACUGCUUCUUAAAGUAGCUUUUUAGUAUAAAAAUUUAAAAUUUUGUACUAAAAAUAUGCUUUAAAAAGCAAUAAGAAAACCAUCCCAAACGAAACCUAAGUUAAAUGAUGUGUGGCAAUUAUGUUUGCUAUUUAGUUUUUCCUAUUCGAUUAGAUACUUUUUGUCAACCUGCACACUUGCAAGGAAUGCGCACAUUUGCACAUAGCAAUAAUCUUGUACAACCUACAUGAACAAGGAGUAUAUAUGAUUUUCUAUGCCUUGGACGCAUAUACCUUCACUAUUGAAAUAUGAUUCAUUUCCCUUAAUAAAUGUAAUCAUGUGAACA